GAACAACUCAUUGUCGUGGCAAAUUCACUCGUAUCGUACCAUGCAACAACGUUCGAGAAAAAUAGCUGUCGUCUUUUAUCUCUGUCUCUCUGCCCCUCUCGCGCUCGUUCUCCUUGCCGACCGACGCCGCCGCCGCCGCCUGCGCCUCUGUCGUCUCUCGGCUCUCGCCCAGCGGCAGCCGGCCACCAAUACCGCCACCCCUCUCAUCUCCCCUGCCUCAAUCGCACCCAUUCCACGCGCUCAGCUUGGGCUAUUGCCGCCUCCCGGAGCUGAGCGCCCGGAUCCGAGAGGAGGUGUCGUCAACCCGUGCGGACGGGUGGGAGUUGGGACAAGGCGGCGGCUCCGGCCUCCGGAAGACCGCGGCGAAAACCGUGGGCGACGGGACGAACUGCGGAUUGAGCAGCUUCGAUCCGUCAGGGGCGAAACACGAUCUCCGUUCCUCCUUCCCUAAAUCAUCUUCUCCCGGUCCCGGCCUCCCCCAGAUUCCCUCCUGCUCUCCUCUCCGGCCACGACCAGGGUUGUGCUUCGCCGCCGCCGCGACCUUGACUCGUCUGCGCUAGCUUCUCCUGAUUUGGAGACGCAAGAUGGUUUAUCACUCUAGUUUUGUUGAUGAUGAUGGGAUCAAAAAAGCUUGCAGCUGUCCUUUGCUUCCACUGAAAACUCAUAUCAAGGGCCCAGCACCAGCCUCUGACCCUGAUAAAGCGGACAUUGUUGAUGAAGCCAUAACUUUCUUUCGGGCCAAUGUUUUCUUCAAAAAUUUCCAUGUCAAAAGCUCAGCAGACAAGUUAUUGAUCUAUUUGACGUCUUAUAUCAAUAUUGCCUUAAAAAGACUAGAAGGUUGCCGGACACUAGCUGUUGGGACUAAGGCAAUCAUUAAUCUGGGAUUGGAGAAAGUUCCUGUACCUGGGGAACCAGGGUUUCCUUUCCCUGGACUUUUCACUCUUCCCCAGUCCCAGGAGGAAGCAGAAUUGUUGAGGAAUUAUUUGAAGCAGAUAAGGGAGGAAACAAGUGGAAGAUUGCUCAACUGUGCAUACAGAGCUAAUGGCUUUCCAAACAAAUGGUGGUUGGCUUUUGCUAAGAGGAAGUUCAUGAACAUUGUCAUCCUUUAGACUUGGGCUUUUUGUACCAACAGGUUUAAACUGUUUUUUUCUCUUAUGAUCAUGUGAAGUAUCCACACAAAAAAGAUAGUUAUCCUACAUCUUAGAGUGGCAGGCCAAAGAUUUUGAUGAGAGGAUCGAUAAAUGCCAUAAGUUACACUAUUCGUCCCCAACUUUGCGAUGGGUAACUGUGGGAACAGUAAUUGCGAUGUUGUCUUGCUAUUUAAUUUCCACCCCUUGUUUUAUCGGAGAAACGAAACCUGAUACUAGGUAUGUUCUCCAAUGAUGUGUCUAAGACGAGACAGUACAUAUGUUCUUAGUAUUGUACAUGCUGCAAAUGUGGCAUAUAUGUUGUAAACUUGUAAUUGUUAAUUGUCCAUGGUAAUUUCCCUGUCUCGUAAAGUUUACAAAUUGGUCUACAAUGUAAAUAAGAGGGUGGGGGAACUGGAUGAUUAUUCAUAGUAUGGGAAACCGAUGUUUCGGUGUAGGUUUGUAUGCUGCAGAUGUCAGCAAGUGAGAAAAUGAGAUGCA